AUGGGGAAGUUAGAGGAGUACAAGCCUGUAAUGGCUAUGACGGGGAUUCAAGUGUGUUACGCAGGGGUGACUCUUUCCGCGAGAGCUACUUUGGUUAAUGGCUUAAGCCCUCGGGUUUUUAUUUUCUACAGGCAAGCCUUUGCAACCAUUUUCAUCUUCCCAUUUCUCUACUUCUCAAGGAAAAAAUCGAAGAUAUCUUCUUUGGAUCUGAAGAGCUUCUCUCUAAUAUUCUUGGUCUCGCUUGUAGGCAUUACAAUCAAUCAAAAUCUGUAUCUUGAAGGUCUUUACUUAGCUUCAUCUUCGAUGGGAAGUGCCGUGGGUAACAUCAUCCCUGCAAUCACCUUCCUCAUCUCAUUUCUCGUCGGAUACGAGAAAGUGAAUCUCCGGGAUAUAAGAGGCUUAGCAAAGAUUGCAGGGACGAUCCUCUGUGUAGGAGGAGCGAUCUCCAUGACUCUGCUUCGUGGGCCAAAAAUUCUUAACUCAGAAUCCGUUUUACCGAUCGCUAAAUCGGUAUUAGGUGGUUCAGAAGACCAGAACUUGUGGCUGUUUGGUUGUUUGUUCUUGUUCUCUAGCACCCUUUGCUGGUCCUUUUGGCUUACACUUCAGGUUCCAAUAUCUGCCUAUUACCCAGAUCACCUCUCUUUAUCAGCAUGGAUGUGUUUAUUCGGUACGAUACAAUGUGCGGUCGUCACUUUCUUCCUUGAGAAAGACCCUAACGCUUGGAUUCUCCAUUCCUACUCUGAGUUUGCAACCUGUCUCUACGCAGGAGUUGGAGCGUCGGCACUUUCCUUUACGGUCCAAGCUUGGGCUAUAUCGAAGAGAGGUCCUGUGUUCUCUGCCUUGUUUAAUCCUCUCUGUACAGUCAUUGUCACAAUCUUGGCUGCUCUGUUCUUCCAAGAAGAGAUUUACACUGGAAGUUUAAUCGGAGGAAUAGGUGUGAUAAUGGGACUUUACACUGUGCUCUGGGGUAAAGCAAAAGAUGUCAUGAUGAAUCAACAACAGAGAAACAAUAAAAACAACUCAGAAGUGAAGAUUCAUAUAGAAGAUUCUUCAAACACAACAAUCUCUAACAGAGAUCUGAAGGAUCCUCUUCUGCCAAGAAACAAAUCAAUUGAAGAAAUCCAAAUACAGCAACAACUAAACUGA